AUGGUCACAAAUGGACACACAUGGGAAAAUAUGGUAUAAUCUUAGAAAUGAYUAUAAAUGCAAACUGAGCUUAGGAAAUCACUGUCGUUACUAUUGAAUGAUGUUAUUUCUUCUUGUUUGAAAAGAGGGGAUCAAUUGGUGAAAUUCAUCUUGCUGAAGAGAAUGGAGGAAACACUUGGAAUGCACUUUGAAUCUGGUGAAGCAGAUGAUGUCAAGGCUCAACUCAUUCAGGAAAAUCAGAUUUUGAAAGAAAACAAUGAGAAACUUGUAUAUGAAAAUCAACAUCUGAAGAACACUUUGGAUAACAUGCAUUUAGAAUUUGAGGGAACUGAUGAAUCCAAGAAGGAGGUCGAAAUGGAGUUUGACGCCGUGCAAAAGGAACUCGAUGAAAAUAAGUUUUAUGUAAAGGAAUUGUGCGAUCAGCUGGAUAAAAUUAAAGGUGAAAAAGAGAAAGUCGUCAAAGCGUAUAAAACUUUAAAGGUUAAUUAUGAGAAAUUAAAAUCCAAAGUACAAGGCGUCAGUUCUUCUCAAGAAGACCUCAGUCGUCUUCCCCCAAAGGAAUUGCUUUCCGAUUUUGAAAGGGUGUACUUGGAGAAUGARAAUUUACAAGCGAAGGUCAAGGAAUACAGCGAACAGUACAAAAAUAUCGAUGAAACUAUCGAGGCUCUGAAAAAGCAAAAUGAGAAUGUUACCUUUGAACGGGAUGAAUUAAACCUCUCCUUCAAGUCAUUACAAGAAGAUUUCAAUACAAUUACAAAAGAGAAUAAGGAACUUAAAGCGAGUUUGGACAAGCUGUUAGCGGAGAAAGACGCAAGUAACGAAAGCGAAAAGGAGUCGUUUGACAAUAAAGUAGAUCAAUUAUCAGAAGAAAAACAGAUUAUUCAACAAGAAUUACAAAGUCUUAGUGAAACUAUUGCUGACCUUGAAAAACAAAACCACGAMAAAGAUGCUCAACUUUCUCGAUAUGCGGACGAAAGAAAUGCUUUUAAAGAGGAAUGUUCUGCCCUCCAACACUCAAUUCAAGAACUGAAUAGCAAGAACAACAUUUUGGGAGAGCAAAAAGAUACUUUACAGCGACAAGUCAAUGGUUACAGCAACGAGAGGAUUGCUUUACAAGGGGAUUUGUGUGCUUUGAAUGAAACAGUUCAAAACUUCGAAAGAGAAAGAGAGGAAAACAGAACUAUAAUUCAUGAUCUCGAGAACAAACUGGAUGUACUUACUAAGAAGCUUAGCCUUGCCAAUGACGAGAAAGCGAAUAACGAGGCAGAAAUUGAAGAUAUCUUCAAGGCCCACGACGAGCUUGAAAUCAAGUACAACGACGAAGUUCGAGAGAAAAAGGAAUUACUUGAAUACGUAGAAAGACUCCACGAAGAGCAGGAAGACCUUCAGGCACAAUACGGUGCUUUGUCCAAAGAACAUAAGCGUCAACUUAAUGACGAAUCUCAACAAUACCAACAAGUGCAAGAUUUGCAGCAAAUCAACACUUCGUUACAAGAGGAAUUCGCUCAACUGAAAGAAACUUGUGAUACUCUGAACACGUCAUUUGAAGACAAAGACCAAGAAGUGAACGAAGUGAAGGAAGAACUAAAGCAUAAAGUCCAAGAACUUGAAACUCUCAGUGCUCAACUUGAGGAAGUGAAACUUAUCCUACAAAAUAAGGAAAGUGAGUUAGAUGUUUCUUUACAAGCCAAUGAGAGGAAUCAGCAAGCGUUGAAAGAUCUUGAAAAAGAACUCGAARCRACAAAAGAAAGUUUACAAGAAAARGAGCAAGAAACAGCGAAGUCCGAACUUGAGAAAACGAACCUAGAGGAAUUGCAGUUUUCCAAAUCUCAACAGGAAGACAUCAACUUAACUCAAACUAUCCAAGAGUUGGAAWAUACAAUAGAAGUACUAAGAACUGAAAAGGAUGAACUAGCUAAUUUAUUGCAGUCUCAGAACAAGCAAAUUGAUGAACAAACAAAUGAGAUUUCUAAUUUGAACAGUAUCUGUGAAGAACGAAUCAUAGCAGUCGAAGCCCAAGAGGAAAGCGUCCAAGUUUUGACUUCAAAGCUGCAAGAACAAGAGGAGGAACUUCAAAAUAAUAUCAACCAAACUGAACAGUUAAAGGAACUUCUGAGACGGUCAGAAGAAGAGCUUAGCUUACUAAAAGCCGACUUGGAAGGUAAAGACGUUGAUUGUGCUAGAAUAACCGAAGAAAGAAGCUCGCUAAAGGAGGAAUUUCAAACUUUAAGCGAUGAUUUGAGUAAAUGUAAUAAGCAAUUGAACAUAAAAGAAAAGGAGCUUGAAAACUUUCAGUUAGUUGUUGAAAGUCUUAAUGAGAAAGUAGAACUAAAAACGCAAGAGCUAUUCGAUUUGAAUGAGCAAAAUAAGAAACAAAGAAAAGAAAUAGAAUCUCUGAAGUUACACAUUGACGAAUUGAGCGGGAAAAGUCAAGUGUGCAACGAACUUGAAACUAAACUCCAAGAACAGUUUGAAAUCAGCCAGAAUUUGAAACUGGAACUCAAGUGCUUACAGGAAGACUUUGAGUACAAGGAAAACGCUUUCGAAGAAGAGAGAAAGUUCAAAGAGAACGACAGCACUCGAGAAGUGGAAGGCUUCAAAGAGGAACUUGAACGCAAGAACCAGGAGAUACUUGCUUUACAUGAAGAACUAAACUCGAAUAAUCAAGCCCUUGAAAACGCACAGCAAGAAUCGGCAUUACAUAAUGAACAUUUGGUACAGAACCUGAACUCCUUGGAAGAAACGUGCAAUGCUAGAGGGAAAGAAGUUCACGAGCUGCAAGAAGAAAUAUCGACUUUGAAAGAGAAACUAGAUCAAAAAGAGGUAGAGCUGCAAGAUUCUUCGGGCACUGAGGCACAACUUCGCUCAACUAUUGCAUCACUAGAGACGAGUGUUCAAUCCCAAUCAGUUGAGCUUCAAGAGUCGCUUGCUAAACUAGAAGAGAGAAAAAGGCAGAACGAGUCACUGCAGUCGUACAUGUCAAGCAUGAGUGGGAAAAUGGAAGGCCAGGAAGAAGUGGUUUCCAGUUACACGACACAGAUUGAACAAUUGAAGAAAGAACUGGAGGACGCAGCAUCAAAGCGUGACGAACUUAAAACUCAAAUGAAGGGCAAGGAUGAAAAGAUGGCUAAACUCAAGCAAGUAGCCAUCAAAGCUAAAAAAGAAUUGGAAAAUGUUAAGCAACAGGCCAAAGCAGAUAAAGAAGAAUUGAUGUCAGUCAUUCAAGGCAUGAAAGAAGAUGCAGACACCAUAAAUAGCAAAAUAUCACUKCAACAAGAUGAAGAAUGCGAGAACUCUAAGGCGCUUGGAGAGUUUCAAGAACAGUUAGACAAAGUGCAAAACGAACUCAUCCAAGAGAGGAACAGGUCUGCAGAAAGCGAGGAAAAACUCAUCUCUGCUGCUACUGAGCUUGGACAUGUCAGAGAAGAACUUGAAACAGUAAAAAACGAAAGGCAGACUCUUUGCUCCGAACGAGAUUCGAUCCUUAAUGAAAAACAGGAUCUAGAGAAAGAAAUCGAAAGCUACAAGUAUCAAGUAGAGGAAAUAAACACAAAAUUACAAGAACGAAUCAGCGAGAAUAAGGAUCAACAGCAGACACUUGAAGAACGAAACGCAGAAAUUUCUCGUUUGUCUAAAGAACUGGUUCAAAGAGAGAAAGAACAGGAGAAGGCCAGUAAAGAUCUUAUUGAGACUAUGAAAAAGAUGGAAUCUACGCAAGAGGAAUUUGAAAAAGAAAAGAAAGCUCACGAGGAACUAAAGGCGCAGCUUGAAUCAGUUAAGAAACAACUGGAACAGGCUGAGAAGAGCGCAACGCAACAAAGUAUGAUGAGCCUUGAGAUCGCCGAAUAUGAGCGCACCCUGGAAUCACUGCAAAGUAAACUUGACGAUCGCGUCCAACAGCUGCAAGAUGCGCAGGAUGAAAUAGAUCGUCAGGAGAAAAGAGUGGAGGACUACAAGAUGCAAGUCGAUGCAGUUGAUAACCAGCGACAACAGAGCGAAGAACGCUCCAUAAAGCUAAAAGCGAUGCUGGUUAAGAUCAAGAAAGACUUGGCUGAAAACAAACGAGAGCUCGAAGAGAAAUCAUUGUCAGAAGCCAAGCUAAAGGCUGAACUUGAGGUUGCUACACAGAGAGGGGAAGAGGACAAAGU